UGUCUGGACUUCAGUCUUUUCAGCAGCUCCAAAGACCUCACAUCUAGAACGAAAAAAAUGCGGUGCGGUCAGUAGUAAAAUUUUAGUGCAUUUCGACGACCAAAUUUUCUUCCUGGCGUUUUUACAAAUUUUCCUUUAAAAUUUUAUCGUUGUAAUUUCCAUAUAUAAAAAAGACUCGCCAAGCAAUCGAAAUUAAAAUGCUUAUGAAAAGCAAAACGCUUAUCUCGCAUGUUCUGCAAAAACAAGUUUCGAGCCUGCUGCUACAAGCGUCAUGUCGCCAUUUAAGUUCUGAAGGCAAUCUGUACUCGCAGGAUGGCUACGACAGUGGGUACCUGGCACCUUUGGGUAUACCGCGCAAAGACCUUAAGAAAAAUGUGCCUAUGGACAAGUCAAAGGUCUACGAUGCCUGCUGGCAGUCAAUGCGCCGCACAGAGUACAAAUGUCGCUCGGAUCCAGAGUUCAAUGUGCAUGCCUUUAUUGAUUACCGGAAAAAAUGUUUGGCCGAUCCCUGUGCCACCGAAGUGGAUGCCAUGGAUCUGACCCACUACAAGCCCUCGGAUAUGCACAAAAGGAAGUAUCCAAGGACAUGGUAUGAAUGUGUGGUCAAGCGGCGUAAAAGAAAGGCUCAUUGCGUCCCGAUAGCGCCACCAAUGCCAAGACGCAAGCGCAAAGUGGUCAAUUUGAAACCGAAAUGCCCUGAGAAUUUGUGCGUUUUGGGGAAACUCGAUCUAAAGUUAACCGAACCCUGUAAACUGAUGAAACCAACCAAAUGUCCCCGAUUCAAAAUGCCUAACUGCAGCGUGGCCGCCCGCAAUCCCCCCAAGUGCCGUAAACCAUUCAGACGAUGUGGCAGCAGGCGCAAAACCAAGUAUCCAAGCUUUUCAGAGUGCAAGCGAGAUCCCUUCUCGGAUGCCCGACCUAUAGAGUGCAACUGUCUGCUCAAGCCGGCCAUCUGCGAUAUGUGGCGUCACUAUCGCCGUCGAAAUGGCUAAUAGGCUUGCGAUUUUUCCGAUUCAAAGAUCCCCUGCUUUUACUACAUUUUGACCAACUAAAUUUUAUGUAAGAAGAGCUGACCGGAGACCUCGUUCGUUCGAUGUAGACAAUUCUUUACCAACGAUUAUCUCAUACUCUCUUCUAGCAAUUUUUAUAAAUUGUAAUAUACUUAGUAAUGGAAAGCAGAUGAAAUACCAAAAUUAAAUGAUUCCUGAAAACUA